CUGGUAGAAGAUGAAGACAUCUGCCCCACCUGUUUGGACCCCUACACAGAGGACAACCCCAAGGUGCUCACCCGCUGCAACCACCACUUCCACCUGCCCUGCCUCUACGAGUGGCUGGAGCGGUCGGAGACGUGCCCCGUGUGCAGUAAGCCCAUGGCGUUUGAGGAG